AUGCCGUUAUUUAAAUGUGAAGACGUAACAUGUAAGAGUUCACCUUUAACAGAUUCUUGUAUGAUAAAACGUGAACAAUUAUUAUUCGAAACCAUGGAUAAUAUCAAAGACGAAUCAAUAUAUUAUCAAUGUUGGUAUGCAUUCUUAUGCGUUUUUAGUUAUUCAAAAGAUCCUUUUGAUACAAGAUGUAAUGAUUUUUGUAAGUAUCAUAUAUGUCUUUUAAUGAUCAAACAGGAUUGCCCAAAUAUGUUAUUCAUACCAACUAUUCCAGUUUUAUUUGGUGAUAUUUAUUUUGCUUAUGAAAAAUAUAGUCCAACAAUGUUGGACUAUCGAAAGUUUCUGUUUCCUUAUAUAUGUUAUAGUAAUUCUCGUUAUAAUAAUUUAAUUUAUCAUCGUGGUAUUCAUCCAGAAUUAUUUCAACAACCCGAUGUAUUUCCAUCACCACAAUUUUAUUUACAACACUUACAUUCAAAACUUUGGCAAUACCAUGAAAUUUAUAAUUAUAAUUCUAUAAUUUGUAAUAGAUCGAAUAUGUAUCAAUGUUCGAAUUCAUUAAAAUGUAUUUCUAUACAUCGUCGUAUGAAUGCAAAUGAUGGUAGAGUUGAUUGUAUUGGAGCUACCGAUGAACCAACAUUAUGUCGCAAAGAAUAUCAAAUAAUGAAUCUGGAUAACUUUUAUUGCAAAAAGCAAAACUCAAAAGUAUGUAUCGGAACUUGGGAUCUAUGUAACAGUUUGAAUGCUUGUGAUGAUAGAGAUUAUAAAAAUUUUUGUACAACAUAUAAAAAUCAAACUUCUUCUUUUUGUGAUCCGUCGGAACGUCUAAAUGUUUCGAAUAUCGAAAAUUAUUUAUGCAAUCAAGUAGGAAUAUAUGGAAAAGAACGAAUUAUAAACUUUACUCUUAAUGGAAUGAAGGAAUCACUAAAAGAUCAAACAAAACAACAUAUAAAAAACGAAGUACGUUUAAGUCCACCUAUAACUGUAACAUCUAUUCAACAACAACUUCAUUGUCAUCGUGGUAUUGAUGUACGUAUAUGGUUAAAUGAUAAAACUAAUCGAACAAGAAAAAUAUGUUUUUGUCCACCAAGUUAUUAUGGUGAUCAAUGUCAAUAUCAAAAUCAACCAGUAAGCCUAUCAAUUAAAUUUACAACGUCACCUAAUUCAUGGCAAAUACCAUUUGCAAUUGUUAUUUUAUUAAUUGAUGAUGAUAAUAAUAAACAAAUAAUUCAUUCAUAUGAACAAAUUACUUAUUUAUCAACACGAGAUUGUAAAGUUAAAUAUAAUAUUUAUUUACUUUAUUCAAAUCGACCAAAAAAUCAAACAAAAAAUUAUGGAAUACAAUUUAAUAUUUAUGAGAAAAUUUCAUUAAAAUAUCGUGGAAGUUUAUUUUUUCCAAUUAAAUUUUCAUUUUUACCUGUUUAUCGUUUAGCAUUAAUCGCUAAUAUUCCAAAUGAUAAUAUUCAUUUUGAAAGUUGUUCAAAUAAUCGAUGUAUCAAUGGUAAAUGUAUUAAAUAUUUCAAUGAUAAACAAAAAAGAUUGUGUCAUUGUAAUACUGGAUGGUCUGGUCGUUAUUGUACAAUUCAACAUUCUUCAAUAUGUUCAUCUGAUUCAUUAGAUAUUGGUAUUUCUUCUUCUACUGAUCAAUCAAUAUGCAUUUGUCCUAUUUAUAAAUUUGGUCCUCGAUGUCUUCUUAACAAUAUGAUAUGUCAAAAUUUAACAUGUCAAAAUGGCGUUCUAUGUAUUCCGACGGAUGAAUAUAUGUUAUCGAAGAAACGAUUUAUAUGUAUUUGUCGAAAAGGUUAUUUUGGAGAACGAUAUGAAUUAGAAGAUAAUAAAAUAAUUUUAUCAUUUGAAAAAUCUAUUAUUGUACCACAAUCAAUAUUUAUUCAUUUUAUUGAAGUUAUGAAUCGUGAUAGACCAGUGCGAUCAAC